GUGGCGUUAAGAAUUUAUAAAUAUAUAUCAGAUGACAACAAUCACUGAUCAGACCACCGGAACUAAGAAGGCUUGUGUCAUCGGUGGCACAGGAAACUUGGCCUCUAUUCUCAUCGACCGUUUGCUUCGAAAUGGCUACGAAGUUAACACCACCGUUAGAGAUCCAGAAAAUGUGAAGAAAAUGGCAACCCUUAGGCUAAUUCAAGAGCAAGGGAACCUUAACAUCUUUAAGGCGGACUUAACCGAUGAAGGGAGUUUCAAUUCACCAAUCUCAGGCUGUGAAUAUGUUUUCCAUGUCGCAACGCCAAUCAGCUUUACAUCUCAAGAUCCCGAGAGAGACAUGAUCAAUCCAGCGAUACAAGGAGUGAUCAACGUGUUGAAAUCUUGCUUAAACUCCAACUCAGUCAAGCGCGUGAUCUACACUUCUUCAGCUGCUGCGGUUUCUAUCAACAAUCUUCCAGGACCUGGACUUGUGAUGACCGAAGAAAACUGGUCUGAUAUUGAUUUUCUCAGAAAGGAGAAGCCGUUUAACUGGGGUUACCCAAUCUCAAAGGUGUUAGCGGAAAAGGCAGCUUAUCAAUUUGCGGAAGAGAAUAAAAUCGAUCUCGUUACCGUUGUUCCAGCACUCAUAGCUGGAAACUCUCUCCUCGAUGAUCCUCCCAGCAGUUUAUGUCUCUCCAUGUCUUUGAUUACCAAAAAAGAAAUGCAUCUGACUGCUUUCAAGGAAAUGCAGAAGCUAUCUGGCUCCAUUUCGUUCAUCCACGUGGAAGACCUAGCUCGUGCCCAUCUGUUUCUUGCGGAGAAAGAAACAGCUUCUGGUCGCUACAUUUGUUGUUCUCACAACACAGAUAUUCCAGAGCUUGCGGAUUUUCUCAGACAAAGAUAUCCUGAGUACAAUGUUUUGUCAGAAUUUGAAGAGUGCUUAUCAAGUGCGAAACUGAAGCUAUCCUCGGAAAAGCUCAUCAACGAAGGCUUUCGAUUUGACUUUGGGAUCAAUGAGAUGUAUGAUGAGAUGAUGGAGUACUUUCGGUCAAACCCAUGGGCCUAAAGAAUCUUGAUUUUCCUGUGCUGUAAAAUGAUUCCUAUAAAUAUGAUUCCUAUAAAUGGCUUUAAAUAAUAUGUUGGUUUAUUUUAUGUCUAUUUACACAAAACAUAUAUUACUUGCGAAGUUUGUGGAUUGUUAAUAAAAUUUAUGUGUGGAU